AAGUGGGCGGGGCCGGCCGGCAGCGGCUCGCUGGGCGCGCGGCGGCCGAGUGGCAGAGUGAAGACUGACAGGGGCCCGGCAGCAGCCCCCGGGGAUGCCCUGGGCAUGGCCUCUGCAGCCCCGCAGCCCAGCAGUCAGACGGCAGAGGAGACCCCUGGCUUCGUGGACGCAUUCCUCCAUGAAUUCCCAGCCCCACUGAGCCCGGAGAGUCCUCUGCCAUGGAGGGUCCCAGGGACAGUCUUCAGCCAGGAGGAGGUGGAGGGCGAGCUGGCUGACCUGGUGAUGGGCUUCCUGGGCAGCAGGAGCGCUCCACCACCACUUGCUGCGUGUCUGGCCCACGAGGCAGUUUCCCAGCUGCUGCAGACGGACCUUUCUGAGUUAAGGAAACUGCCGGAGCAGGAGGAUGAAGACGAGGAGGAGGAGAAGGCCCCUGUGACCCUGCUGGACGCCGCUGGCCUGGCACGGAGCCUCUUCACCUGGCUCUGGGAGGCAUGCAGCCGGUGGCAGAAGCAGGUGCCCAUGGCGGCCCGGGCUCCACAGCGGCAGUGGCUGGUCUCCGUCCACGCCAUCCGCAAUGCCCGCCGCAGGAUGGAGGACCGGCAUGUGUGCCUGCCCGCCUUCAACCUGCUCUUCGGCCUGUCUGACCCCGUGGACCACGCCUACUUCGCCGUGUUUGACGGUCACGGAGGGGUGGACGCCGCAAGGUACGCAUCUGUGCACGUGCAGGCCAACGCCGCCCGCCACCCGGAGCUGCCCAGCAACCCCGCAGGGGCCCUGCGAGCAGCCUUCGGUCGCACCGACGAGAUGUUCCUCCGGAAAGCCAAGCGAGAGCAGCUGCAGAGCGGCACCACGGGAGUGUGCGCACUGAUCACCGGGAAGACCCUGCAUGUGGCCUGGCUUGGGGACUCCCAGGUGGUCCUGGUGCAGCAGGGGCAGGUGGUGAAACUGAUGGAGCCGCACAGGCCAGAGCGGCAGGAAGGCCGUCCGUCUACGCUGGUACCACCACCUAUUCCUGCAUCACGGGCUGUUGAGGACGAGAAGGACCGCAUCGAGGCGCUGGGUGGCUUCGUGUCCCACAUGGACUGCUGGAGGGUCAACGGGACCCUGGCCGUCUCCAGAGCCAUCGGGGACAUCUUCCAGAAGCCCUACGUGUCUGGGGAGGCGGAUGUGGCCUCACGAGAGCUGGUAGGCACAGAGGACUACUUGCUGCUGGCCUGCGACGGCUUCUUCGACGUGGUCCCCCACCAGGAUGUGGCUGGCCUUGUGCAGGGCCACCUGCUCAGGCAGCAGGGCAGCGCGGAGCACGUGGCCGAGGAGCUGGUGGCUGAGGCCCGGGAGCGGGGCUCCCAUGACAACAUCACAGUCAUGGUGGUCUUCCUCCGGGACCCGCAAGUCCUGCUUGAGGGCGGGGCCCAGGGAGUGGGCCUCUCAGAGCCAGAGACCAGCUCUCCACCAAGAAGCUAGGAGGUCCAGGCCCCCCGCCCCCUGUUGCCCUCCCCCUCAGAUGCCUUAGGACCCGACAGAAUUUGGGCAGCGGAUGCCACCCACACAGCGCUUGCCCCACUCACCUCCCUCCAUGCUUGCAUCUGCCCAUCCUGGUGGCGUCCCAGGGGAUGGUGGGAUCUCCAGAGGAAGCCCAAGGAGGAGACCUCACCGAGGGGAAGGGCCGGGAAGUGGACAGGUUCUGUGCCCCAUUGGGCCAGGGUGGAACCAUGGGCUGCGGGGGGCGGCCGCAGCCAGACCAGAGACAGCGGGCAUGCACGAGGGAUAGCAGAACGCUGUGUGGGGGACUCUCGGGCAGAACUGGGAGCCACAGACAUUUUCAAGUGCCCUGGGCGCCAGCAAAGAUUUCCCAUCCGCCCCUCACUGCCCGUGCCUGAGAGGGCUUGUGGGGACAGAUGUGCCUGGCAGGUCCCGGUGCUUGGUGGGUCCUGGCCGAGCUGAAUGGUUUCCCAAAGUGGGGAGGGUAGCCUCGUGGGGAACAGGGGGGUGCCGGGGUCCGAUGUGCGGUGCCCACCUGACAGUGACCUCCCCGGUUCCCUCUUAACCCCUCAUGGGAGGGGAUGCUUGACAAAGACACGUGGGUCUUGUUUGCCGUCUUUUUCUCCAGGGAAAAGGACGUCAGAAGCAGUAUUUCAGGUUCUGUCCUUGUUUAUUGGUGCCAAGAGGACCCACCGUGUCACAUAACUUAAACAGAGCUCAGCAUUUAUCUUAUUCUUUAGAAAAACUAAGUAUUAUUUUUUGUUUUUUUGAGAAACUUCUUUUGCAGUAUUACUGAAUUUUUUUCCUAAAUCAGGAUUGAAAUAACACUUUUCCAGGUGGUAUUAAUAAGCCAUUCAAGUGCCUUAAACAGCUUUUGGUGAGGCUGUAACUGCCGGACCCAUGACGGAGUCCCAUAGCAUGUUUCACUUUUUACAAAAGCUGGAUUUAUUUUGUCAUAGUGGCAUGAUUUUGGCCAGAGUUCUGCCCAGAAGAGUUCUUUCUACCUUUGUGCUGUGCCAGUGAGAGCGAGGGCUAAGCUGAGUGGCUAGGGAGUCAGGGACUGUGGCCCUGCUGCUCACAUCUGUGAUUGGACCCCAGGCGGAGGGACUGAGCUCUGUUGAGUGGGCGAGUCCUUACUGCUAUUUGGAAUGUUCCAGAAGGUCUUGUGUGUUGGUAGCUAAAUUGGUUUCCUCCAGAAACAUGCUUAAGGGGCCAUGCGAGGCUGAGGCAGCCUGUGGGGCUCGGGCAGUAUUUCCAGGCAGUGGGAAUGAUGCUGGGAGUCUGUCCCACCCAGGCUGCAGCCCCUCCUGGGUUCCUGUGGCCAGUGGCCUCCUCUGCCCGCAGCCCACCUGCAUGCGACAACCUCACGGCCCAGUGGACCUUGGGAAGGUGGAGCUCAGUGGCCAGGUGAUCGGGUGUUUCUCCGUUUAACCUGAAGGCCCGGCUCUCUGGGGCCCAGAGGUCCCCUCGUCGGCCCCUCCCAGCACAGGGACCCAGGGAGCCCAGUUCACCCGCCGCGAGGGGCUGGCCUCAAGCGUGCACCUAGGCCCAGAGCCAGUCUUCCCUCUGGACUGGGCAUGCUCAGCCUCCACCAGUCCUGGCCCUGGUCUGGAAACCUCGGUCCCCUUCUCAAGUCCCAGCUGCAUCACUAGGUCAUGUCUUUGUACCUCCCUGGGCCUCAGGGUCCCCUCUGUAGGGCGCAGGGCUGCACAGAGUCUGUGCAGCAACGGCUGGCAUUCUGGAGGAGCAGGGCCACUGGAUGAGCCGGGCGACCUGGGGUGAUGUUGCCAGUGCUGAGGGCACCCUCGCCAGCGGGGAGGGGUGAUUAAGUAUUAUUAGUGUCUAUUAACAUUAAGUGAGCUGGAAAAGAAUCACUGGUGCCAACGCCUGCCCCGUACAGAAUAUGAGAGCCCAAGCAAGCUUCACAGGUGGGGCUGAUCCCAGCCAGCAGGGCAGGGGAGGCUGGGAGAGGGCAGGGCGCCCACCUUCAGGGUCAGGCUCCCAACCCACUGAAAUCCCAGGGGCAGUCACAGCCUCCCUGGCUUGGCCCAGCCCAUCCUCAGCAUCCAGGACUAGGAGCUGGGCAUUUAGUGGGGAGAGUGACGGGGGGCAGGCCCCAUGGGAGAAGCACAGACUGUCUGGGGUCCUGAGUCAGCUUUGAGCCACCCCUGCCCUCCCUGGGGCCAGCACAUGGCCCGUCCUCGCCCUUUCCCCUGCGACUGGAGCUCCAGUGUGGACGUGGGUGUCCUGGCCACCUCAGCAGUAUUCCCGGGGUGGUGGGGACAGCUCCACUGCUCCCGGGCCCAGCCCCCACCCAAACCACAGGGAAACCAGGGAGCUGUCAGGUUUGAUCCUGGCUACAGCCCAGAGCAGGGCAGCCAUGGGGGCCUGCACUCUGCCAAGGCUCCAAGGCUUUGCCAGAUGCGGCUGUGGCCCUGCCAAGAGUUCUGUGCAGUCUCAGUGGGCUUCCUGAAAGUGGUGUUCUGUGCGGGGUCGGGGGGUUCUUGUUCCUAGAUGGGGUGGCUGUUUCCCCACUCGACAAGUCCCAGGGGUUGCUGUGCUCAAGUGUCAAUAAACCACGAGCUCUGAACCCUGUCA